GGGAGAACCAAAAAAAAAAAAAAAAAAAAAAAAAAAUCACCUUUCGCAUAAACGUAACACGAUAUAUUUGUUUCAAUUGCUUUAUGCCUGCUACGACUCCUAGUAGGUUACGAUCCUACCAAAGUUCCAAUAAACUUAGAUUGCGAUGGAUUUUAUUACACACGUCAUGACAGAAGGAAGUACAGAAGUUUUUGAACAAAACAUUUGAUUGUCUAGAAGAGAUUGAAUUAGAAUGAUUCAGCGGAUUGAUUCAAGGAAACGUUAAAUUUCUAAAGCAUGAGCCAUGUCAUGUUUUUUCAACGUCCGUCACACCAGGAUCGACUUCAAUUUCAUCGAAUGCUAUAUAAUUAUUUUUUGUUGUUGAGAGAGAGAGUUCAAAAUACAAGGAUGCACCAGUAGUUUUGUUCCAUUCAUGGGUUCAAAGGUAGUGAUUAUUUGGUUUGUUAUUCAGACGGGAGAGCGCAUUGAUAGCACUCACUUCGUGUCAUGUGUCUGUUUAUUUAGGUUAUCCAGACAGUGUUGACGAAUUUGAAGAAGUUUACAUGCAAUAUCUCUUAACCUUUUUUUUAGAAUUUUGUUGAACAUUACUACGAAGGACAAAUAUAACUGAUGGUUUGUGCUAUUUGAUGCAUCUGUUUCGUUAAAUCCAAAGACAGAUGUGGCAAGAUUUUUUUUGUUAUGAGUGACCGGACACACAACCCCUCAUAAUACUUUUAUUAUUAUUGAGUUUUCCAAAAAAAAAUACAUUUGCCUUUGAUAAGUACGUGUAUUAUGAAUGCUGAACAUAUAUGCAUUCACGCAAUUCUAAGUAUACAGGCGACAUGCUCCUGUCGAGGAUAGGUACAGCUUUAUUACCAAGUGAACAAGGAUGCAUCAGUAGUUUUGUUCCAUUAUAGGGGGUUCAAAGGUAGUGAUUAUUUUGUUAUUCGUCAUUCUCGGCAAACUUUCGUUGUGUGGCGCACAGUGGCGCUAAGCAAUACUCAGAAAUUAUCACAGAUCGUGAUUCAUAUACGCUGAAAUAGUGAAAUUGACAGGGAAACACAAGUGAGAACAAAACAAAACAAGGUGUGUCUUUCCUGUUGGCUGGUCGAGCUGCGUUUGGUAUAUACAAAGAUACAUAUUUUCAACAAAGUUUGUGUUCACUAUACUUGGACGGAAAAAUGGCAGAAACAUCUGAAGCGAAGCCUGAAAAGGAAGAGACUCUCUCGUCUCUUAACGAAGGAGAAGGAGACAGAGAGAACAUGGAGAAGUUGUUUAGGGCCCGCGUUGCGAGGGACAACGACGAAAAACCGAUAUUAGGAGAGAGCCAGCUCACGGGAAGCACUGAAAGCCUAGACGCGCAGCCGAGCAGGGAUGCGCUACCAAAAAAACCACGCAGUAAUACUUUCGCGGCAGGAACUUCUCAUUCGCGGAAGAGUUUUUACAACGAAGGGUUCGUCGAGAGUGACAGUCGGCGUGGAUCAUUACACAGUGACAGUGCAGGCGAUUUGGAAGUCAACGGCGACCCCGGGAUGAAGGUACGGUCAUCCCUCUCGUUGCGGCGGGACGGAAGAGGGUUGGUGGGGGUCAACCCGGCUGUUGGGGAGAAGCUGGCGAUGUCGAACUUGGAGCAGUACUCGAAGCUGCCGACGACGAAGGAAAAUGGAAAUAAUAACCUUGAUGAUGAGGAGGGGGAUUGCGCAUCGACUUCGGAGACGGUGAGGGGAGAAGAUGCUUGUGUGGAUGUUGAUGAGACGGUGAAUGAUGUCGAGUCGUUAAGAUGUGGAUGGUUGCUAUGGAGACCCGACUGUAUACAGGUAUUCAACAACCCCAAGGGCUACCUCUUUGUCCUCUGUGUCCUGGGUCUCCUGCAGAACAUGACGGUCCUCGGCUACCUUCCCGUCGUCAUCACCACCCUCGAGAGACGCUUCCGACUCACCAGCGUCCAAAGCGGCUUCAUCGUCAUCGCCUACGACAUCAGUAACUUGAUCGUCUGCGCUUUCGUCAGCUACUUCGGGGAGCGCGGCCGUAAACCGGUGUGGGUCGGGAUGGCGUCCAUGUUGUACAGCGUCGGGUCCGUCAUCUUUGCCUUGCCGCACUUUCUGGCGGGGGAAUACGUGUACGGAAACACGCAGGAUGAAGUCUGCCCAGCUGUAUCUAACGCCACAUCUGAGAGCUCCUGUGAUCUGAUGUCGUCAUCAUCUGACGAUUCGAUGAUGCUUUACUAUUGGCUGUUCAUCAUCGGUCAGGUGUUACAUGGAUGGGGCGGAUCAACUCUAUACACUGUCGGGAUCACCUAUAUGGAUGAGAGUUUACCAUCUUCGACAUUCGGUCUUUAUAUGGGUAUCUUCACAGCAAUGAACGCUGUAGGACCAGCUUUGGGUUACUUAAUAGGUGGUGCCAUGCUGUCGGACCUAUACAACGAUAUUACAACACCACUGGCAAGUCUGGACAUUACACCUGAUAAUCCUGUAUGGGUAGGGGCUUGGUGGCUAGGGUUUUUAACGAAUGCUGCUCUCAUCUUCAUCUUUGCUUUCAUCAACCUCGGAUUCCCAAAGACACUUCCAGUGUCGCAUAAAAUCUUACAAGAGAAGAAGGGCGAAUCUCAAGCAGGUUGCGAGUUUGAAUGUCGUGAUGGCUCUUACCUUGAGGUACUACAGGACUUCCCCAAGGCACUCUUAAGCCUCCUGAAGAACCCACCUUUCAUCUUCCUCUCUGCGAUCGCUACUUGCGAGUGGUUCGUGUACGCCGGCCUAACAACAUUCGGCCCAAAGUUCUUCGAAUCUCAACUAAAUGUCUCGGCAGGGGAUGCCAGCUAUGAUAUAGGAAUUAUCAGCGUUUCUGCCGGCAUCGUGGGUUCAAUUAUAAGUGGAGUGUUGAUGAAACGACUGAAUUUAUCAGUAAAAGGUCUUUUAAAGCUGAGCGUAAUAUGUGCCGUAGUCUCUCUCGGGUCGCAGUUUGUCUUCCUCUUUCCUUGCCCGAAUAUUCCAUUUGCUGGAGUGACGGUUCCAUACGGCAGCAGCCAAGGCACCUUGAAUAACACAGAUAUCUCUGCACCCUGCCAUGGUUCGUGCGCAUGCCCUAACACCUUUGACCCGGUUUGUGGAGAAGAUAAUAUCCUGUACUACUCUGCCUGUCACGCUGGAUGCUCGAUUCAAAACCGAACAUUAGAUGGAAAAAUAACAUAUUUAGACUGUUCCUGUAUAUCAAACAUCGCUGAUUCAAACGGCAGCCCCUUUGUUUAUGGCACCGUCGAGAGAGGACGCUGUUCACAAAAGUGUGAUUACCGAUGGCUAUUUUAUAUUUUGAUGUUCCUCGCAUUUCUUUCCACGUCCAUGUUAAUAGUUCCAACAUGGACAGCAACAGUAAGGUGCGUGGAACAUAGCCUGAGAGGCUUAGCCCUUGGCGUGCAGACAGUCAUGUACGGAGCAUUAGGAAAUGUUCCAGCUCCCAUCAUAUUUGGGCUCCUCAUCGACCGCUCCUGCCUCCUGUGGGAGACGACCUGCGACGGCUCCCGGUCCUGCUGGCUCUACGACAACCAGCAAUUCUCCCACUCCUUCCUCCUCCUCACAGUCCUCUUCAAAUCAUGCUCCCUCUUAUUCUGCGUGGCGGCGCUCUUCUGCUACAAGCCGGCCGCUGCCUUCAACUCCGCGGGCGCCAGCUCGAGUGUUCUACCGACGAUAGCCAGAUUGUGUGUCAGGAAAGUGUCACUGAGGUUAUCCACGAAAACAAGAGGAUCAGCGUACCGCGUGGAAACAUGAGCAAGCACAAGAACUCCCGAUGAAGCCAAAGAUCAGAGACUUAUACCCCAGGGAACACAAGUUAACGUUUUAGAAACGUUUUAAAAUCUUCAGGAAAUUUUACGAACGUUGUGUAUCUGCUGGGACCCUGUAUUUCUCAUCUUGAUAAGAGUUCUCUAUCCGAGUGCCAACAUAUUUGAUUCAGUUUGUGAUUGGAAUUUGGAUGAGAGCGUGGUAGCAGAUUAUUAUUAUUUUAAAUAUGAUCAAAAUGUAUGAUGGGACCACAGCCGCUGUUACGUCGUGUUGCAAAACUCCAAUGGUUGUGAUACGCCAAGGUCCGAAUUCUCCCUAAGAUCUGACAUUAUGACUACACUGGACUUUGAAAGAGAAUGGAACAUGUAGAGAGAAAGGGGGAAAAGGAACAUUGAACGGGAAACGUAAACAGUACUGGAGGAAGUAGCAUGCAUUGUCAGUAUUAUAAAUUGUUCACAGAGAAGAGCUCUGUGACAACCAAAAUAUUUACCCCUUUUUUAUAAAGGCCAUAUCCGAUGAUAAACACAUUUAAUUAGACGGUUUUAUUAUUACAUGAGAAUAUGUUAGUGUAUCUAAAAUGCGAACAUUGAUUUGUGUGCUUGGCAGAUUUGAUCACAGUUAUAUUACCAAAUCCGUGUUGGAGUAUCAAAUGAUAAAUUUACAUCAUUGUUAUUUUCAAUAAUUUUUUGACUAGAAAGACUUAAAUAAAAAGAAAAGAAAAGCAUUAUAAUUUACCUCAUGUACAAAGAAGUUGGAGAUAAUGAAGAACCUCAAUGUUAAGUUACUUAAAUUGACUAGAGACGGCAAAUCAGACAAGGUUAUGCUUCGUCAUAGUAAAAAUAGAAAUCACCGCGAUUUCUUUAGAGAGUCGUGAAUGGGUAUUGUAGGCCUAUACACCCGCAAAUCGGAUUAUCAAUGAAUUAUACCUACCGAAUUCAUUUGGUAGAUACGUUUCCAAACAUGAUCUUUGUCAAAUAAACCAAAAUUAGUCGUUUUUUUUUCUUUCUUCAAGGUCCUGAACGUUCAUUAUCCAUUGAUUCGAUUUAAAAAAAACUCCUCUACACUCCCUCUUUCCAUCACGCCUUGAAUAUAUUAAGUUAUACAAAUGUUUUUCUUCUGUUUGAAUUGUGUAUUCAUCUUGUUUUUCUUAUAUUAAACCAUGCCAACUGUGUCCUACCUUUUUUUUUUUUAUCUCCUUGGCUUAUGGUUAUAACUUACAUGUAAAAUAUACUAAAAGUUAUUGUUUUCAAUGUGUGUAUGUAAUAAUGUAAAUGCCUCAUGUAACUGUUAACCAAAGAAGAUAAUGAAAACACAUCCACCGCUGCAUGAUUAAGUGUCUAAAACAUUGCAAAACGUUUAAAAUUCAACAUUAUUCAUAUUUUGAGAGUUUUGUAGAAGAAGAAUAAAAGCCUUUGUUUAAUAAUAAGUAUGAUAAGCCCAAUGUUGUAAAUUGGAGCGCAUCACUUCUGUAUAAUAAAUGUUUAAAGUAAACUAUGCAGAUAGUAAUAAUGUAGUUGAUUAAUUUACCGCAUAUAUAAAUUAAGUUUAAAUUGAAAAUUAGCAGCUGAACUAACGACCAAAUCAUAAACAUUAGAGUGUCAUACUAAAUGUAAAGUAAUCAAUUUGUACAAUACAAUAUUAUAUUGCUCUGUUUCUAUUCAACUCACAGAUUGUUUUUGUUUUAAUAAAAAAAGCACCGAUUUUCAACCACUGGAAGAAAUAAAAAAAAUCAAGAGCAAUUUCAAUGAUCUCACAUGCAUUGACUAUGGAUGUGAGCAUAUAUAUAUUAUAUAUAAACCAACAUUGAAGCUGUUGGAAUUGACUAGAUUUAAAUUCACGACAGUAUCUGCGAUCGCUUUAAGAAUGCACUUUCAUCAUUAAGGCGAGUGGAUCAAAAUACUCAUUUGUAAAACGGUUGUUACUCAGUUCAAGUCUGAUUAAUCACUUGUAUGGUCGUAGAUAUUCUGUUACUGAUUUAUGAACGAAGAGUUUAAAUCUACAUCUUUAUUUACAUUGUGAAUUAUAAUAGAAUGCGAUGACAUUGCAACAAUUUUUUUUAAACGACUAAUAUUUGUUCUAGCACGAGAUUCCCUGUGUGAUGAAAUCGGACGACGGUAAUUUUGAAACUUACAUAAUGUAUUACAACCUUUAACGAGUUGUAAUUUGAAUGAAAAACCAAACCUAUAUCAUGCGUAAAUUCCGUUUCCAAAUAGAGGUAUAUCAUAAAAGGUAUUAAUAAGUUGAUGAAUAUCAUAAUGACUCAAUGUUGGAAAGCUAUCAAUUGUUAUAUUCUACGAAUAUGAUAUUGCAUGCAGGAGUCGGGUUUUAGGGUUAGGUUUAGGGUUAGGGUAGGGUUAAUCACUAGGGUUAGGGUUAAAGUUAGGGUAUGCUGGGAAGACUCUUUGGUCCGUUAUGGCAAGUGAAGAAACUGUGGUCGUUAGGGUAAAUUAUUUUGAUACAAUUAAAAUGACAAGCCAUUAGCAAACAUAUGUGACGUCAAGGAACCGUGACACCUGCACGCAAAAUGGUUGACUUUGAACUGUGCACUUACAUAAUACACUUUUUACACUGGGGUUAGCGGUAGUUGAAAAAUGCUUGUCUGAACAAGAAGUAAACAUUUUCAUGUCACUUUAGUGAUUAAUUCGUGAACUAUGACCAACCUUUGCGCAAUGGCGUUGUGACAAGCUGUGCCAGUGCGUGACAUUGCGUGCCAUGGCACACCUAAUGAUGACGUGAAGUUAGCCUAUAUGGCACGAUGUGGCGACAAACUGAAUUGUUCAGCAGACUAUGUCCCACAAAAUGGUGCAACUUGGCAAGCGCGAUUAAAGUGGUGCGGGACCAAAAUUCAUAAAAGCUUUAAGGCGACUUUAGUAGGAUCAAUACGUGAUCAUUUAUAUCAUGGUCGCUCUCAGCCAAUUAUUUGUUUAGAUUCUUGUAACCAUUAAGUAAGAAAUCACAGUAUUAGAUAUUGUAUUGUGUAAAGUAUUGUACAUGUAAUUUUUUGACACAUUGUAAUUUAAUUUUGUAAUUAAAUAAAUUAUUUUCAUUCGUAA